AUGGCCUCCUUACAAGCAACUGCGGACUCGAUCCGCGCGGCUGUUGCGUCAACAUCGACCUGUUCGCCCGCGACGGCGACAAUCCUGAACGAUCUUUUGCUCCCAAAAUCGAAUGGCUCAAAGACAGCCACUGUCGCAGUCCCCGAGAAGGCCUCGAAAACUCCAGGUGGGAAAGGUAUAAAAACCCCAGCGAAGCCCCGUGUUAGGAAGGCGGAAAAGGAGAACGCACAGGAGCACGGAAACCAAUUAUCUCCAAAGGAACGCUCGAUAUUGGCUACGGAAGUUAUCAAUGCCACGCUUAAGGCCCUCAGUGAAGCUAUCAAGUCUCCAGCGGCUUCGUCGAAGAAAGAUUCCUCCAAGGACCUAGCUAAAGGUCCUGCGCGCAAAGCUCUCCGCCGAUCGAAUUCGCUCCCCCAGUCCCCGUUACAACCAAGGUCUCUCAACCGAGUAACGAGUUCGCCGAGUAUAUCUACCAAAGGUAGCAGACCUUCAUCUUCCGAUUCUACGACCUCUUCCGGGACCAGGGCUGUCGCCGAAUGCGCCAGAACCGCAUUCGCUUGCCUUCGGGCACUGCAGGCCUCAAAAAUACCGGCGUUGGAUCUUCCACCUCUUCAACUUGAGAAUGGGAUGUCCGUCCUAAUUGGAAAACUCAUCUCAUUGGGAUUGAAUGAUUUGGCUAUAAAAGAGAUCAGGAUAUUGAAAAAGAGGUUGGAUUCAGACGAUAGACAGCCUGUGAAAGGCGGACCUCUAUCGAAACCGAAUUCGACGGUACCGGCACCGCAAACCCUGGUUGAACUUCUGGAGUUUGGGGACGGAUCCUUUUCAGGGGCAAAACUGGGACUCAUCAUCACAACUCAGUUACAGGUUCUACGACUCAUAGUUUCCUCACGAAAUUGCAAGCAUGCCGAAGCUGCUCUCCCUCUUCUACAACCGUCACAUUCCUCAUCGCCAACGAGAUUCCUGCUCCUAGCUGCAAAAGAGUUGAAAUCAGACAAGUGUGCCCGCCAACUUCAGUCCCUGUCUGAAAUACUUCUGUCACUUAGUCCAAGUAUAUCUCCGGCUGAUGAUGAUGUUGCUCUCGAGCCAAGGCUGAGUGUGGCACCUGAAGUCGCAAUGCAAUUGCAGACGCUUGCCCUUCACAAUCGUGCCUUGUGGUGGAAACUUGCUGGCCACAAAGGGGACUUGGUGAAAGAGGCAUUCGACCCAUUUCUCCGCUGUCUGUCAGCAUUUGCCCGGCGAAAUCGACGUGCUUGUCUCGAAACAUAUCGACUAUCAGUAUCUGCUUUUCAGUCCUUGCAGAAGGUAUUUCCAGAUUUAGAGGAGAUGAAAGUAGGCAGGGCGAGAUCAACAUUGCUAGGUAUAUAUAGGCUACUUGGUUCGAUGGCACAGGAAGUCAACCUUAUUGAUGAGGCUAUCGACUGGACGCAAAAAGUCAUGGGUCUCCUAGACCCCAAGGUCGACUCUGACGCGAAGCGAUGUGCUGUUGCGGCCAGAUUAGUAGGGUUCACUCUACGAAGGUCAACAAGACAUCCCAAAGAUGAAGAGCCACUUCUUAACCUCUUGGAGGCCCUUGAACGGCCCUUUAAAGGGGACUCGUCCGAAAUAGAUGACCUCCUUACUGAAGUCUCCAUGGUGAGAAGAGCGGGGAUCGCCAUUAUUGCCAAGAGGGGUUUGACGGGCUACGAUUUCACGGAUGGUAUGCGUGAGAUGUGCGAGUCUCUGAUCCUGAUGUGUCCUCGAUUAUCAUUAAGAUACCUUGGCAGCCCCCCUGACCUCAAUGCUCCUACCAAGGACAUCCUCCGGUACGAGCAGCGACGCCAAUUUAUCAUGAAAGGGGGCAUGCACGCCAUUGAUUCGACGCUUUUUUUAAUAAAAACUUUUCUCGGCGAGGGACGAUUGACAUGGGAAUUGAUGGACUCCAAGCUUCAGGAGUGUCUGUUAUUGCUCGAACGACUGGAUGGAAAUUCCAAAGAGCCCCUACCGGAAAAUGGACCCUCGACCCCAUCCUACUAUGUUAGGAUCUCAAAUCUUUACUUCACACAGUACCUCAACAUGCGACGAGAUUCCAAGGACCAGAAAGAUGGACAACAAAUACGAGCUUUAAGACGAUCGAUCGAUUCUGUCCGGUCUAGGCCACAACAUGAAAGGAAGGCAGCUCUAUUGUCAACGAAGCUUGAGCGGAUGGCCGAGAAUUGCAAGGUCACUGGCCGAUACGACGAACUAUUCAAGACGUUGCUAAAUCUUCGGGACGAAAUGAUUCUCAACGGUGCGUUAUCUGUCGUUGCAGCUGCCGCAGCAACGAGGCCAGUCAGGGCUGCUUGGAGCCAAGACGAGGACACGACUGUCCUUGGCCGUACAAUACAAUCCCUCGUAAAAGUUCAGAUCAAGUAUCUAGGCUCUUCACCACAAACCUCUCUUCUUGAUGGUUCAUGGUCCGACGAUGAAAGAGGUGCAAUUCUAGAGCAUAUCCUGGACAUACUGUCAAGCAGUCCAAAUCCGCCCUUAAAUCUUCAAACAAAGGUAUUCAAGGCAUUAUUAUCUGUAUAUGAUCGACAGCGAUAUCCCAUCCGCAGAAUAAGGGUACUCGGCCGGCUUUUCUCCCUCGACCCGGCUCAACGUCAAGCCAUUGCAGAAGACACGUUGGAUGAAUUUGAUUUAUCGACAACUCAAGAUCCUGUUAUCGAAGGUACAAAUGACGAGGGUUUACAGGGCUUCUUGAAGCAUCUGCAGACCCUGAAUACAACACUACUCGAACUUCAGCAAGAUAAACCCCAAAUCAGUGUUUUUAAACAAAGCUUUGUGGUGUGGUCGACCAUUCGGGCAGGAUGCAAUGAUUUGAAUUCCUUGGAACUUCAAAUCGAGGAUCUACCUACAUUUUUGGUCCAUCUGCAGUCAAUUGCCGAUUUCAUGCAGAUGAAGGGCCUCGAUACAACCCGACUUGCACUCCUCCGGCUGAUCAAAGAUUUCAAUGAACUUCGCGAGGGCGCUGCCAACCCGGACGACUUUGUACUUAGCCUCAUACACUUAGGAACUCAAUGGAUUCAGCUUGGAUAUUCUGGAAAAGCUGGCUUGACACUGGACCGAGCACAGGGCUAUUGCCAUCAAAAUGGGGCAUUGCCGCACACAUGGCUGCAGUUGCACCUUGCCUAUGCAGAAUAUCUGCAGAGUAUUGGAAAUUUCGAUAAGAGUGAGGAACAUCUACUUCAAGCUCAAGCAAUUUCUCUUGAGGAGAAGGAACAUGACUCGAAUUCAAGAUCGCCAAUGACUUUACAGGAGAGGAAUCGGAAAAAUCAGCUAGUCGCAAAUGCAUACUUACUAUACUCGAUGCUGGCUCUCGAGCGUGGGACUCCACAGCUAGCCCUCACUCACGCGAAGCAAAGCGUGCGGUUGUUGCGACGUGCUUGGACUAAUACCGAAGAAAGACUUCGGAGUCAACAGGCAUCAAUCUGCUCCUGUCCUCAAACGGAGACAGAGAAACUCGCAGAAAAUGUGUCAGAUCUAAACUUAUCGACAGUGUCAACCCCUACCCCGGCCGAGAAACCUCAAUCAUUAGCCGGGUCCAAAUUCUGGGCACUCAUCACUCCUCUUUUUCGGAGUCUUUCCUAUCUUUCCGGACUUUAUGCUCACCACGGCAUGUUUCAGGAGACAAUGUACUAUGCCGAACAGGCUCACAAGCUUGUUAAGGAAGUUGGAUCUGAAGCACACACUGCGAUUGCAUCAGCAUCUUUAGGGAGCUUGUGGCUCAAAGCAGGCUCUCUUGAUAAAGGGGCUGAGUUUCUCAUGGAGGCUAAGGGUCUCAGUUCAUGCAGCGAAAAGAGCAGGAAUUCGGCCAUUUUAAGUUAUCAUCUUGGCAACAUGCAGGGUCUUCUCGGUGAUCGAGACGCAGAAUUAGCUGCUUACGAGGAGGUGGGAACGAUAUUGAAGUCCAUAACUGGGCCAGAUUUUAUCAAUGCGGUUGACCAUAUUGUUGAUCCAGCUGGGGCGCUUGAGGAAAAGAUGUCACAGCUCACCAUCUCGAAAGGGAAAUCCUCGACGCGAAAGAUUGAACCCCGAACAAGAGCAGUUGCGAAACGAAAAACUGCUGCUCGAGUGAAGGCCCCAGCUGAGGUUUCCUCAUCGGUUACUGAGGAGUGUCCUCAAUUGAUGUCUCUCAAAGCAAUGAUACUUCGCCAAAGAGCACAAGUUCUAAUGUGUACCAAAAAGUUUGCGGAUGCCCUCGGCCUUCUGCACGAAGCUGAAAGCUACUCGAACUCGCAAAUUGAUGCUGUCAAUCAGAGCCUGGCGAUGGCAAAGCGGUUGUUUCUUCAAAGCAUGGAGCAGAUGGAUGCGGACCCAUUGUAUUCAGUCUUGCCGGAAUCGACAAUCUCAUUCCCCUCAGUGGUAGGGACUUCAAAAGUGGACAAGAACAAUGGAGAAAGGAUAUCGGGUACACGUCUAUCUUCCCCAGGAAAAUCGAAAAGUGCUAAGAAUGCGCCUGGUCAUGCCCGCUCGAAGAGUCCAUCUCCUGACAGUUUCUUCGAUAAGUUGCGCCAAGCCCAAGAGUACCUGACGGAGGUUCAUUCCAUCGCCGUCAUGGCAGCUCCAGUGGCGGUGGUCCAUUCGAUCUCUUCACUCUUAAAUAACGUGGCAAUGUUGCUCUCUGCUGCAGGCCAGGUGAAAGGGAAAUCCCUCGCCCAUCCUGGAUUUGCAAGUUCCUUCGUUGAAACGGCGAGAACUAUUGCACUCCGUAGGGAACGCAAAGCUAUCCAUGCGGAUCCACAGACUAAGUUGAAGUUGGAUGAUUCCUGCUGGCCGACUCUUAAUCCCGUCGAUCCAAAGCGAGCAAGCCUUGGGCUCCCGUCCGAUAUGUCCCGGUUCCAAAAAGAUUAUAUCGAUAUUAUCCCUAAGGCAUGGACAGCAAUUUCGAUUUCGUUGAGCGACAGCCGCAACGAACUCACUAUCACGAAACUACAGGCUGGACAUAGCCCGUUCGUGCUUCGUCUGCCUCUUGGACGUAAUAAUUCCAUAGACGCGGAUGAGGAAGUUUUUGGGUUUGCCCAAGGACAUGCAGAGCUCAUGGAAAUCAUAGAUCUUGCAAACGAAAGCGCUCACGAUGCUCGUGAUUUAACCGGUCGCGAAGCCAAAACAGCAUGGUGGCAGGAACGAGAAGAAUUAGAUGCACGAUUAAGGGAUCUCCUCGUCAAUAUCGAGAAAGUUUGGCUGGGAGGUUUCACUGGGAUAUUUUCGCAGCACGCAAGACGACAGAACCUGCUCGCCCGUUUCCAGAAGUCCUUCCAGAACAUUUUGGAUAAACAUCUCCCAUCGCGGCAAAAGACUGGGAAGAGAAGCACAACUCCUCGGGUCACCUUGGAUUCUCGGAUCUUGGACCUCUUUAUUGGAUUAGGAGACGCUUCCGAUGAAAACUGUGAUUUUUCGGAGCCAUUGACGGACCUGCUGUACUUUGUCGUCGAUGUUCUUCAAUUCCAUGGCGAGAUGAAUGCAUACGCCGAAAUCGACUUCGACUCGAUAGUGAUAGAGACCCACGAUGCUUUGCGCUGCUACCACGAAGCAGUACGGGCCUCCGCCUGCACUGACGAGGGGAGUCAUACGAUACUGAUCUUGGAUAAAGCACUCCAUGCUUUCCCGUGGGAGUCAUUGCCCUGUAUGGACGGCCUGGCAGUAUCACGUCUGCCUUCACUUGGAUCCUUACGCGAUCGAAUUCUCGAAUCGCAGAAACGUGCCCAGGAGGAAGGGCCCCAAGGCCAAUAUAUCAGUCGAGACAAUGGAUCGUAUAUUCUUAACCCAGGUGGAGACCUCAAAUCGACUCAAUCGACGUUCCUGAAACCGCUUCAGUCUCUUGGCGACUGGCAUAGUAUCAUCCAGCAAGAGCCCACCGAGGAGGAGAUGAAAUCAAGCCUUGAAUCGAAAGAUCUCUUCUUGUAUUUUGGUCAUGGCAGCGGGGCACAGUACAUCCGGGCCCGAGAAAUCAGGAAGCUGGACAAAUGUGCCGUGACCAUGCUGAUGGGCUGUAGCAGCGGAGCACUCACUGAAGCUGGUGAAUUCGAGCCUUACGGGCCGCCCGUCAACUACAUGCAUGCGGGGUGUCCUGCCUUGGUAGCUACGCUAUGGGAUGUUACAGACAAAGAUAUUGAUCGUUUUGCGAUGAGUACGCUGGAUCAUUGGGGCCUCUUUGAGAGCUCCUCAGGCAAGGGGAAAGGCAAGGGGAAGAAGAAAGCGGAGGCUGCAGAGCAGAAGGUGUCAUUGGUCGAAGCCGUGGCUAAGGGGAGAGAAGCGUGCAACCUGCGUUAUCUGAAUGCAGCAGCUGUUUGUGUCUAUGGGAUCCCGGUGUAUUUUGAAAAAUGA